GUGAGCGCGAGUUUAAAAAACCCCUUAAUUUUUGUGCCAAACGGCAAACGGUUUCCAUUCUAGGGUUAAGCAGUAUAGGAUAUACGUUGUCAGGUCCGGGGCUUGUAUUUGUUUUAAGGGACUGGAGAGCUUUAAGGACUUCAUCGGUAGUUAUUACAAAGUUAGGCAAUGCCUGCUCAAGAGGAGGAAGAAUCUUCCUCCAAGAGAGCGACCCGCUGAGGGCCACUCCAUGUAUUAUUCCUCCAAGGAUAAAACUAAGCGUAAGGAAAAGAAAAUACAAGAAAUAAAAGACCAUAAAUAAAAUGCAUAAAAAGUCUCCAAUUAGAAAGAAAAGAAAAAAUAGGGAAAAUAGGCAAAUCGGAAAAUAGGAAAACCUGAAUAUAGUGUGAAGAAGAGAAAAAAGAAGCAGAUCAUCACAAAAGAAGAAGAAAAUACGGAAAUAAAAGAAAAAUGGGAAAAAAUAUGUACUAAAUCAGAAGAGGAAAACAGGAAAAUCUGAAUCUAGGUACACAGAAAAAAUAAAGAAUCAAGAAGGACCUAAGAAGAUGUGCAAAGAGGAGAUUUGAUUGAUUGAUAGUUUAUUGUUGCAGAUAAACAAGAGGAGAAGGGAAAAGAAGAAAACAGGGAAAUAAAAUAAAGAAAUGGGAAAAUAGGUCAAUCGGAAAGGAUAAAAUCGGAAAGUCUGAAUAUAGGGAGACAGAAAAGUGAAACAAUCAAGAAGGAGCCAAGAAGCUAUAAAGGAAGGAGAAGAAGAAGAGGAGGAAGAAGCAAAAAAGUCCCCUGUGACAUCAAGAUCAAGGUCGAGGUCCGCCGCGUGCCCUGAAGUGCCCUGGCAGUGUUUCUCGUGGAGGAGGAGCCCCUCGGCGUGCAGGCCCCCAGGCACAUGACUUUGUGUCCCAAUGUCCACCACUGGUGUUAGUGUUGAAGUGAGGCAUCGAGACAGUUGCUGUGGUCAGUACUUGUUCCGUCCCUGCUGCCGCUGACUUCAGGACUCCUUGGUGCAUCCCUCGCCUUGCCUGCUCAAUUGGUCACUGAGUGUGGCUUUGAAGCAACCUCGCCGCCUUCUCCAGCAUCUCUGAGGUUCCUCAAGGCCAGCCAACUCCUCACAUCCAGAGUAGUGUUGCAGUGGAGGCUGCAAGGCGGGACAGCAGCUGGAGUGGCUGGGAUCAGCAGGAGCAGACUGCUACUGGUGUGAGGUUCAGGAGUGAUAAAAAACACUACCAACACAACCAACAACAACAACAACAACAACUGCUGGCCUCUUCAUCCACAAAGGGGGAAGUUUGAAUUUCAGAAGUGUGAGAAGAUCUGAGAAUGAGAGCAAGUUUACUGACCAAAGCCAAGAGUGUGAGAAAAGACAUGCAGGGAAGGAUGACCUCAACAAAUACACCCACACACUCUGGUGUAAGACCUCAUGAAAGUCGGGAGUGUGGCAAAAGGUUUAGUAAUAGGAGUAACCCCAAACAUCACACCCUUACACACACUGGUGCAAGAAACCAUGAGUGUGAAGUUUGUGGGAGAUGUUUCAGUCAGAAGGGUCACCUCAACACACACACCCUUACACACACUGGUGCAAGAAAUCAUGAGUGUGAAGUUUGUGGGAAAUGUUUCAGUCAGAAGGGUCACCUCAACACACACACCCUUACACACACCAGUGCAAGAAAUCAUGAGUGUGAAGUUUGUGGGAAAUGUUUCAAUCAGAAGGGUCACCUCAAAUUACACACUCUUACACACACUGGUAAAAGAAAUCAUGAGUGUGAAGUUUGUGGAAAAUGUUUCAGUCAGAAGGGUACCCUCAAAUUACACACUCUUACACACACUGGUGAAAGAAAUCAUGAGUGUGGAGUUUGUGGGAAAUGUUUCAGUCAGAAGGGUACCCUCAAGAAACACACCCUUAUACACACUGGUGAAAGAAAUCAUGAGUGUGAAGUUUGUGGGAAAUGUUUCAGUCACAAGGGUCACCUCAAAUUACACACUCUUACACACACUGGUGAAAGAAAUCAUGAGUGUGAAGUUUGUGGGAAAUGUUUCAGUCUGAAGGAUACCCUCAAGAAACACACCCUUACACACACUGGUGAAAGAAAUCAUGAGUGUGAAGUUUGUGGAAAAUGUUUCAGUCGGAAGGAUACUCUCAAAUUACACACUCUUACACACACUGGUGCAAGAAAUCAUGAGUGUGAAGUUUGUGGAAAAUGUUUCAGUCAGAAGAGUAACCUCAAAUUACACACUCUUAUACACACUGGUGAAAGAAAUCAUGAGUGUGAAGUUUGUGGAAAAUGUUUCAGUCGGAAGAGUAACCUCAAAUUACACACUCUUACACACACUGGUGAAAGAAAUCAUGAGUGUGAAGUUUGUGGAAAAUGUUUCAGUCGGAAGGAUACUCUCAAAUUACACACUCUUACACACACUGGUGCAAGAAAUCAUGAGUGUGAAGUUUGUGGAAAAUGUUUCAGUCAGAAGGGUACCCUCAAAUUACACACUCUUACACACACUGGUGCAAGAAAUCAUGAGUGUGAAGUUUGUGGAAAAUGUUUCAGUCAGAAGGGUACCCUCAAAUUACACACUCUUACACACACUGGUGAAAGAAAUCAUGAGUGUGAAGUUUGUGGAAAAUGUUUCAGUCAGAAGGGUCACCUCAAAUUACACACUCUUACACACACUGGUGAAAGAAAUCAUGAGUGUGAAAUCUGUGGAAAAUGUUUCACUGAGAAGGGUACCCUCAAGAAACACACCCUUACACACACUGGUGAAAAAAAUUAUAAGUGUGAAGUUUGUGGAAAAUGUUUCAGUCGGAAGGGUAACCUCAAAUUACACCUUGUUACACACACUGAUGCAAGAAGUCAUGAGUGUGAAGUUUGUGGGAAAAGGUUCAAACUGAAGAGUAUAUUGGACAGGCACGUCUUCAGACACUCUGGUCAUAAAGGGUUCAAGUGCGAUGUUUGUGGGAAACGUUUCAUGACUAAGUGUGAGAUUGUCAGGCACAUGAAGGUCCACUUCUCCUGAGGUGCUGUGCUGAUUCAGUUCUGCUGUGUGUGAGAGUGCAAGUGUUUGUUGUGGUGGUGUUACAGGGCUGUGUGUAUCACAGAGAACAGAAAAUAUUCAUCUGUUGGAACAAAUGGUGACUGUGACGGCAUGAUCUGUUAUUCACUUUCCACCCCAGGCUUCAUGUGGUUGGUGGGUCCUGUGAAAGGUCUGAUCUUUUUGGUGACUGUGCUGGGCUGGCUGUUGUGGCCUGGGCUUAUUGGUCAAGUGUGUGUGUGUUAAUAGUAAUAAUAUAGUGUAUUUGGUCUUACCAGCCGCUAAGCUAAAAAUGUACACAUUAUAAACACAUUGUAAAGAACAGUAGGUAGGGGUUCAGGGAUCUAACACAUCAGUGGGAGGUUGGAAUGAUAGUGGUGGGAGGGUUGAGUGCAGUGUGGUGGUGCCGGGAGGGGGAGGACAUCCUCUUCCAGAUGGUGGCAAGGUGUUAGUCCCAAGGUGUGACAUUCAUGUAGGUGUGAAAGAGGGGUGACGAUAUGAUUGAGCACAUGCUACUUGAGUGAUGUAUGUAUAUAAGAGAGAAAAGGGGAUUAUGGUAACAGUUGUGACUGAAUGGAAUAGGAUGUUGGAGAGGGAUGUAAAAGGUUAAAUGCAUGCAAUAUUAUUUCAGCUGAGGUCAUUUUCAAAGCAGACAAUUGUUGUCAUUCAGUAGAUCAUGUCAUUCUUAAUCAUCAGAAAUCAUUUUCAAGACUCAAUUCUGACCUGUCACAUUGCGUAGAUCUUGUCAUUCUUAGUCAGUUGAGGUCAUCUUGAAGCCAACAAUUCUUGUUUCAUAGUUCAAUUCUUGUCAUUUUCCCUCUUUUUGUUCCUCAGAUAUAUUUUUCAAAUUAAUAUCAUAUUUAUUUCCAUUUAUUUCAUUUUGGGAGCAGGCAUAAAGGCCAGGUUAUGUUAGGUUACCUUAUAUUUAGUUUAAUUAGGUCAGAUGAGGUUAGGUUACAUUUAAUUUGAUUAGGGUAGUUAGUUUUAAUUGUGUUCAAUGAAUGUAAUAUG